ACAGUGAGACAGAGGAAGAGAGAGAGAGACAGUGAGACAGAGGGAGAGAGAGACAGUGAGACAGAGGAAGAGAGACAGAGAGAGAGAGAGAGAGAGAGAGAGAGGGAGCAGAGCCGGAGGAGCGGAGCGUGAACAGCGGCCGCUGAGGGAGGGACCCCGCCACAGACCCGUUCGCGGCGCUAACUCAACGCCACAGAUCCGUUCGCGGCGCCAGCAGAAGGCACGGCCGCCGUCUCCCCGUCGACGCUUCCCGCCGCGCGGCAUGGCUCUCCUGUAGCGGUCUGAGCGUCCGAGCCCACGGCAGCGCAGCGGUCUGAGGAGUGAAGAAGAGCCGAAGGAACGCAGAACGCGAAAAAUGGCGGACGAAAAGGUCGGAGUGAAGAGCAGCAGCAGCAUCGUUCCCUGCUUCCUGUUUGUGGAGCUGGUGAUCAUGGCGGGAACGGUGCUCCUGGCUUACUACUUUGAGUACACGGACACCUUCCCCGUCCACGUCCAGGGCUUCUUCUGCUACGACCGGGCGUUCUCCAAGCCCUACCCGGGUCCCGAGGACCGCAGCCUGGUGCCACCCGUGCUGGUUUACUCCCUCAUCACCGCCAUCCCCACCCUCACGAUUCUGACGGGGGAGCUCACGGCCUUCUUCCUGAAGGCGGAGGGGUCGCACGAGAAGACCAUCGUGGCGGCAGACUGCUGCUUCUUCAACCCCCUGCUGCGCAGAAUCAUCCGCUUCCUAGGGGUCUAUUCGUUCGGCCUCUUCACCACCACCAUCUUUGCCAACGCCGGUCAGGUGGUCACAGGAAACCAGACCCCCCACUUCCUGUCCACCUGCCGGCCCAACUACACCGCGCUGGGCUGCCAGUCGGCCAUGCAGUACAUCACCGAGCGGCGGGCGUGCACCGGCAACCCCCUCCUCGUCCUGUCCGCCCGCAAAUCCUUCCCCUCCAAGGACGCCGCCCUCAGCGUCUACUCUGCUGUCUACACUGUGAUGUACGUGACGCUGGUGUGCAGGACGAAGGGCACGCGGCUGGCCAAGCCCACGCUGUGCCUGGCGCUGCUCUCCAUGGCCGUGCUGGUGGGCGUGGUCCGAGUGGCUGAGUACCGCAACCACUGGGCCGACGUGCUGGCCGGGUACUUCACCGGCGCCGCCAUCGCCAUCUUCCUGGUGACCUGUGUGGUGAGCAGCUUCCAGUGGGCGCGGCCCCCACCGGUGCCCGGGCGGCCCCAGCGCCCUGAGUCGGUGCUGGGCAUGCCCAUGAUGCCCCUGCCCUGUGUGGAGAGUCCACUCGAAAAGUUAAGUGGCCCUCAGAACACUUUCCUCUCCCUUCCUCCUCAUCCCCAGAUUCCUACCUUUCCUUCCCCCUUCUCCACUCCUCUUCCCUGAUUUUUGUCAAACAUUUAAUAUUCUCUCUCUCUGCCUCUGUCUUUCUCUCUCCAUGCCCUUCCUUAAUGCCCAUUCUCCCUUUCUCGCCCUCAACUUCCUCUCCACUCUUUUUCUUGCUUUCCUUUCUGCCUCCUACUUUUCUUAUUCCCUUAUUCUAUCUUUUUAUCCCUCGUUCCCUCCAUUCCCCCCCCCAACUCUUUCACUGGCUCCCUCUGCUUUUCUCUCCCCUUCAUCUCUCUCACACGCUCUCUCUCCUCUUCUUCCUCUCUCUCUCUCUCUCUCUCUCUCUCCUCCUCCUCCUCUCUCUGUCUGUUUCUGGCCCUCUCCAGACUCGGGAUUCGGGAUUCACCGAGAUCACAUGACCAUCAGCCUUACCGGUUCCCCGCCCCCCCCGAUGUCCUCAUGCCGUCUCGCUUCAUUUCCAGCGCAGUCUAGACCAGCCGCCCGACCACGCCCACCACUGCGCCGCGCACCCCGCCGGGCGACACCCCCUUCACCGCUCGUACUCCACCCAGGUCUAGAUGCCCCGCCCCCUUCCCGGCUUGGCCCCGCCCCCCUCCCUGCUCAACACGCCGCCCCUUUCCCCGGAGGUGAGCUCAGCAGAGUCGCUGCCUCCGAAGGACACGCCCACAGACCUGCUGUCUCAGACACGCCCACAGAUCUGCUGUCUCAGACACGCCCACAGAUCUGCUGUCUCAGACACGCCCACAGAUCUGCUGUCUCAGACACGCCCACAGAUCUUCUGUGUCAGACACGCCCACAGAUCUGCUGUCUCAGACACGCCCACAGAUCUGCAGUUUCCUCCCUCUGCUGUCCGUGGAACCAUUUUCCUCUUAGUGUCCUCCUCGCCAAGCUCUUUUUCCUCUUAGUGUCCUCCUCGCCGAGCUCUUUUUCCUCUUAGUGUCCUCCUCGCCGAGCUCUUUUUCCUCUUAGUGUCCUCCUCGCCGAGCUCUUUUUCCUCAUAAUGUCCUCCUCGCUGAGCUCUUUUUCCUCAUAAUAUCCUCCUCGCUGAGCUCUUUUUCCUCAUAAUGUCCUCCUCGCUGAGCUCUUUUUCCUCAUAAUGUCCUCCUCGCUGAGCUCUUUUUCCUCUUAGUGUCCUCCUCGCCGAGCUCUUUUUCCUCAUAAUGUCCUCCUCACUGAGCUCUUUUUCCUCUUAGUGUCCUCCUCGCCGAGCUCUUUUUCCUCAUAAUGUCCUCCUCGCCGAGCUCUUUUUCCUCUUAGUGUCCUCCUCGCCGAGCUCUUUUUCCUCAUAAUGUCCUUGUCGCCAAGCUCACCUGAGGAGGGCAUCUACGAACACAUCUGACAUUUCUCUGCUUUUUUUUCCUGAAGCAACUCACCAGUUCCCUCAAGCAUAAACUGUGUUCAGUCCUCUUUCUCCUAAUGAUCUUGGUUUGCAAAAAACGCCGCUCGUCCACCCCUGUUCUCACGCACACAUCUCCACUUUCUUUUGUCCGAAAUGGGGGGCAAGUGGUUUUAACGUGUCGCCAAUUUUAGCUUGUCCCCCUCUAUCCCUCAUUCAUUUCAAUAAAAUUAAAAAUACAGAGAUGAAAAAUAACAUGUUUUUAACGCUGACGUGUUGUUCUACGUUUGCUUUGAAAGUGUCAUCCUUACAUUGUGAAAACAGGUGCAGAUGAAUAUUCAUUACUCUAUUUUUUCCUAAUUUCUAUGGAUAUAUGGUGUCAAAUCAGUCCGGUAAUUGGGAACCAAAUAUGUUCCCAGUCCACCCGGUCAUUAAUAUUCAUGUGGAUCGGCCAUCAGAGGAGCUCUUAAGUCACAGCAGGAACUCUUUGGAGGGGACAGGAAGGAACAUAAUGUGCAGGGUCUUGGAUGUGAUCAUCUUUCAUUGGUAAAGUGCUAUAUUUUCUAAAGGGUGGUACUCUUUUUAUAAUGCUUGCUCUGUGUUGCCCAGAGGACAACUUCCAAAAUGGUCCCGCAGUUAUUGUUGUGAUGUACCAUAAUUUUCAGUGGAUGCCACUAUACUGUCCUAGAGCCAGUUCCAGGGCAGAUUCAUACCCAAAACCAAGAGUUUAUCUCUGCUGUACAGAACAGCAUGGACUUCAACAGUACGAAAGACUAAGCCAGGAUUCUGUGCAUUCCAUUUCCUUCCGAAUUUCUUCUGUUUCCUGCCGUCCUAUCGAAUGGCCCAUUCUACGGUGUAUUCGUCUGUAUUUACAUAUUUAUUGUCUUAUAUAUAUUAUCUUACUUGUGAUCGUUUUCCUUGUUUAUCAGAUGCGUACAGGAGGGGCCCUGUGCUGUGGCCCUCACCUUGGUGUGGCAUGACAGUUUUGCUGGUGUUGAUUUGCACAAAGCCCCCUGGAGCCCCGCCCUCUUCACUUCCUGCCGAACGCUCCCUCCUGUAGCCCCCUUCUUUCCACAGUUUUAAUAGUUUCGUUUUCUCGCUGGAUUCGAUGUUUCGUCUGCUGUACCCGGGCUGUAGCGUCACUGCGCCAAGCAGAAUUUUCUCUCGCCCCCCUCUCCAGAUCCAUGAUUUCCCCCCCCCCCCUCUUAACCAUUUAACCCACCCAAUCUCCCUUUUUCUUACACUAAGACUUGUUUCUACCUUCAUGUAAAUAGUUCUUUUUUGUAUCAAAAGUGAUUUUACACAUUUGCACAAACAAGUAUGGACCACACACUCACAUACACACACACACACACACACGCACGCACACACACACAUGCACACACACACACUACAACUGUUAAAGGAAAAGAGCGUUAUUUUUUGGGGUUUUUUUGGUGACCAGAUUCUACGUUCCCCGGUCUCCCUCACUGGCACCCAUGUUAACACUCACCUUGUACAUAUUGUGUCAGAAUCAACAAGAUAAUGUGACAUUAUUAUAUAUGUUGUAUAAUAAAAGUUUUGAAAAGAAA